UAGGAAGUAAAGAUCGUCGCUGGCCGUCAGCAGUGAUUAGCAACUAACAGCAACAGCUGCAGCAGCAGGAACUAACAUUAGCUGGCAUUUGCCUCAGAAACCACAACAUGAAUGUAUUUGUGAAGGCAGUCUCUGCUUAGCUGAAGUGCUGAAUGUCCUUCUAGUGUCGAUGAAAAUGAAACCGAGAUGACUCACCAGUGGCUUGGACAUCUGUGAUUUGACAGAAGAUGAGGCUUGCUGAGUUUGUCGGACUUGUCACUACUUUUAAUGAUUGCUACUGUAGGCACAUAAACCACACUGACAUGUACAACAAACUAUAGUGAAUCAUGUUUGUUGCUUUUUGCGCAUCACUCUCACUAAAACAACUAACUACAUACACUAUCAUUUAGUUUGUUUUGAAUGGCUUUCAGUUGAUAACCAGUGCUGACGAUGUCACUGGGUGAGCAGUCUCAAAAGUGGUUUCCAACCCAUGUCCAAGCCACUGUUCUUCAAGCAACUGGUUUACAGCCCAAGGGCAAGAAUGGCACCAAUGAUGCCUACACUAUCAUCCAGCUGGGCAAAGAAAAGUACUCAACAUCAGUGGCAGAGAAGACACUUAACCCUGUCUGGAGAGAAGAAGCCUCCUUUGAAUUACCUGGUUUACUUUUGGAGGGCAACCCAGAAGUAUAUGAACUCUGCCUUAUAGUGAUGCAUCGGUCCUUGGUUGGGAUGGACAAAUUCCUGGGUCAGAAGUCCAUCAACCUCAAUGAAAUCUUUGAUAACAAGGAGCGGAAGAAAACUGACUGGUAUGCUUUGGAGUCCAAGCCGGGGAAGAAAAGGAAAGAGCGUGGCCGCAUCCAAGUCAGCAUCCAGUUCAUGAGGAACAACAUGACAGCCAGCAUGUUUGACCUCUCCAUGAAGGAAAAGCCCCGCUCGCCUUUUUCCAAACUUAAGGUCAAAAUGAAGGGUCGCAAACACGACAGUGGCUUUUCUGACACAUCUUCAGCCAUCCUGCCUCGCUCUGCCAUAUCCGACUCAGAGCCCAACCGCCAAUCCUUCGCUCCAGAACGACAACCUCCGCCUGAAGCAAAGGUCAAGAGACCACUACUCGCUGGGACCCAUAAACUCUCUGCUGCCCAUUCCAUGUCAGAUCUCAUUGGAACCCACUUUCGGCCCAAACUGGACUCCAUGAACUCCAUAGAAGAGAGUGGGAGUGCAGGCGGCCCACACAGGCGUUCCCAGAGCGAGGUGCCAGGCUACCAGGACGGUGAGGCACACGGUGACCCUUUUACUGAUAUCAGUGACACCCUGCCACAGAAGUAUGCCACGCUCCCACGCAAUCGCAACCCAUUUGAGGGGGAGCAUGGGCAGCUGUGGGACCGGGCUGAGCGGAAGGAGAAAAAGGAGAAGGUCAGCCUACUGGAACGCGUCACGGGAAAGAAGGAAGGCCGCAAGACCAGCAACGGGGGGCGUUCGGGCAGCUCUGGAGACCUGCGUUCCCCUAACCCCUUUAGUGAAGACUCACAAGCAGACACUAACCCGUUCAUCUCCAACUACAAAACCAGUGAUAAAAAGUCAAGAAAUGUAGAUAUCACCUUUGGCCAAAGGAAGGACAUCGAUGGCAAGAAAGACGAGAUGACAAAGGAAAGAGCGGCCGCCUAUAGCAACUUGUCCUUUGAGGAAGUUGUGCAGGAACUUAUCAAGCAGAAAGAAGUGGUGAAAAAGAAAGACGCCCACAUCAGGGAGCUGGAAGACUACAUCGACAACCUACUUGUGCGCGUCAUGGAGGAGACGCCGAGCAUUCUACGGACACCCUACGAGCCAAAAAAGAAGGCGGGUAAACUAAGUAAAAAGUAGAAAGAAAAGACACAAGAUGAAAAGCUGCUGAUGAAGGUUUAACAGUAGCUCGUGUCAGUUUCAUGUGGUAAAAUAAGUGGUAACAAAUGGGAUUGAUCAAAACCAAUUUUAUGAUUGAGUUAUGUCUUUGCUUUAGAACAUUUUCAUUCACCAUCAACUAAAAUAACCAAAACAUCCCACAUGUUUUGGUUAUUUUAGUUGAUGCAGGUUUUUUGCACUCUUUGUUUGGCAGAAAUAUUAAUUACUUGUGAUUACUUGUUUGCGGUGCAUUUUAGGUACUUAAACAGGAUGCGAGAAAUUCAUCGGUUGAUUCAAGUCAAAUCAAAUCCAUGUUUUUGAAAAAGAUUGGGUUUUAGUACCAAUAUUGUAUGAACUUGUGAACUCUGAGGUCUGUUGCACAUACAGCUGCCAUCAUCUCCCAAAAAGCUCCUACAGUGCAAAUGCAGCCAAAUUCAUGUUUACCAGAUGCUGUAGUCACAGUUGUAUGAGGUUGUUGAAUGUGGUUGAUGAGAUGAAGCUGUUACUUUGUUUACACUCAAGCACGACUCUUAAACUUGGCACCUAAAAACUACAAAACCAUUCAGCAGAGGGAGCAUCAGCCUUUUUUUGAGAGUGAACUCUGCUCUUCCACAUAAUAGCCUGAGUGAUUCAUGGGUAUUCUUAGAAAGAUUGGAAGACAGUUACGGUAAGAAUUUGCUGGACAGUAUCUGGGAGUCUGGUUUCACUCUAGCUUACAGAGUCGUGCAUAUUUACAAAAAAGAAAUGGAACAAACGUUUAUUCUUAUCAGUUAUUGACUUUUCUUUCUUUACUGUAUUUGUGAUGACUAUCAUUUAAGUUUCUUGUACCAAGGGUCUCGAUCACUGGCUCAAGGGGAACAUUUUACUGACUUUAUGUGCAAUAAUCAUAACUUGAGUAUCUUGCUUUAUAUUCUGCUGGUAAUGUUCUUGUUUACAUUUUAAUCACAUCUCUUGAGUUUAACUCAUCUCUUAAUAUUGAUUUGAUUCACUGGAAAAGCUUGGAGUUCUUUGAUGCAGCCUCCACAGAUUGACCAGCCUUCAUCUCCUUUAAAUACAGUUUUUUGCUGAAGAUUGUAUUAAUGGUACAGAGCUGCACAUGUGGAUAUUUGCUGAACAAUCUUUAUUUAUAAGUAUUUUGUAGCUUAUUUACAUAUGAACAUUAUUUCAAGGUAUUUUUAAGGUACUUUAUAAUAAAAACUCUACUGUAUCCCAAUGCCCCCUCACCACCUGUUCUAUUGUAUUAACACUGUACAGUUAGUACAAGUCCACCAACAGAGCUCAAUUAAUAAAAUAUCCAUGUAUUAAGGUUUUUAUAUAAAUGUUAUUAGCAUUAAUAUCUGUUUACCUUUAAUGGUAAUCUAGUCACAAAUGCAUUGUGUUCUGUUCCUCAGUAUAUUUCAGCUAUUGUUUUUCUUUUUGUUUUAUCAAAAGACUCCAAUUUUUAACAUUCAUAAAAGAUUAAGUGUGUCUUACCAGUUCACUGAGUACUAAUGAGAAUGAUUCCCUAAUUGUUCAAGGUAAACAUCCAAUCAGUGUCAUUCAGGUUAAAAAUAACAGCCCAGCGGACCGUGAGGAGAUACUCGCUGAAUUUAACAAAAAGACGUGUAUCGGAUUAGAAUCGUAUACCCAACUUCAAUUCUGUUAAUUUAUCAGUUUCUGCUGAACAAAUACUGAUUGAGCUACAGCGCUGCACGGCUGGUACAAAAAUGAACUAAAUGACAACUUAAGUCUCUGAAAGAGGCCAAGUUUUUUUUCACCUAUACCUGAGCUUGUGCUAGAUGUUCAACAUUAGUACGAUCACUUACUGAUGUUUAGGUUUACAUUUUCAAUUGUUUAUUCCUAUUUAUGAAAAGCAGCUUCAUGUACAGUGUUAAACGUACUUUGUAGUAUCAAAGUUGCACACAGUUUUUAAUAAUUGAUGACGAUCCACCUUGUCCUUCUGGUAUGUAUAUCUGUUUUUAUUAUUACUUUCCAGUCUCAUGUCUUUAUAAUAUUUGACCUUUACACUGUAUGAUACCAAAUCACAGCUGAGACAAAGUGCUACAAUGUGUUUAUGGAAUGUCAACGAUCAAAAAGACUUUCAGUCUGUUUUUAUUUUUCAUGAAUUUCACACCACUUUGAAACACAUUUUUGUCAUGUACUAAUUUUCUUUCUGCUGCUGUGAAAGUAGUUAUUUCAGCCAAACAUACGGAUCACUAUUUGGACCAAGACAAAAUUUCUUGUAACUGAAUGUAUUGUGGUUGGCUUUGAAAUACAUAAUUCUGAAAUGUAUAAUAAUAUACAGUACACUAACAAGGGCAUCGAACCUUUCUUGCCUUUAAAGUAUUUGGUGUAUCCAAAGAGAUAAUUUCAUGUGGGUGAUCCCCCCCCAAAAAAAAAAACACACACACACUUCUUUGUAGUAGUCUGACAAAAUUCAGACAUCUUCAUUAUGGAUAUGCGAUGAUGUGACACAGAUGUUGGGUAAAUUCCUUUGUAUUGGAAAAGCUGAUCUGCAUAUAUUUUUUAAAGCCAAAAAUGUUGGAAUCAGUUCAUAAAAUGAUGAGUAUUAUGUGACACUAAUUAAGACAAUAUGUGGAUAAGAACCUGUUUUCCAUUACGGAAACACUUCUCACUGAUUGCCUUUCUACAUGUGCUGAAGUGUAAACUAUGUCUUCUCGUGUUACAGGCUUUAACUAGUCUGUAUUGGUAGUAAGUCAGUUGUUCAUAGACUUUGCCAAGCUCUUAAUACUUCCAGUGUACAUACUGUAUAGUGACUUUGUAAUUUCACUUCACCUCCUUUUGACCUUCUGCACAUUUUGUUGUACUGUACAAUGUUUUUAAAAAAGUGCUUUAUGGGGAUUCUUUUGUCUGAGGUUCAGUCAGUGGGAAUAAAAGUAUAACACUGAAUGGUAUUCACCACCCAUCUUUCAUUUGAGCUAAACUGACACUGGGAAAUAGUGAUUUAAUAAAUAAAUAUAUAUAUAUAUAAAUUUCCUGGCAGUGAUAUUUUUGUGUAGAUCAUAUUGAGCAUCAUGGAGUAAUUCUCAUACAGGGUAUGGGACAGGUGAUUAUACACUUAGGUCUACAAUGUGCCCUGAAGCCCCAUUGCUUUGCUUGAAUGAUGAAAUAACAAAAGAUAAAGUCUUAAAAAAAUGUUGAACACAUUUGGACCCUGAGGUUAUUUAGAUCAAAUGAAAAAUGAGGGGUGAGUAGUUAAAAUUAAUUAAUUUUGCCUGUCACUUUUUUCUUUUAGCUUGAUUGCUACAUUUGCUUUAUGCUUUAAUGUAAUUUGGUGCUUUGGUAGAUGUCAGAGUAAAACACAAAUCUAAAUGAAAAGCAUUUUCAAAUCAUUUUCUUUCACAAUAGUGUACGGGGGUACACUGCAAAAAAGCCCUGCAUCAUUAUUAUACUUCUUCCUUGCUUCUUUGCAUAAUAUUUGUCAUCCAAUUAAUGCCAGUGUUUGAAUAUGCAAAACACUCAAAAUGCUUGGAGGCACAAUUCCCUAUAAAAUUUGGCCAUGGCCUGUGUCAUAAUUAAAAUUUAUAUAGAUUGUUUUGCACAUGCGUUAAAGUACGUUGUAAGAGUUGCAGAUGAAUGUCCACCCCAUUCCAAAAAAUAGUGCAAACAUAUGCGGAUUUUCCCCCCAUGUUCUUGAAGCAUGCAUUGCAUCAAAACCUUUUGCCGAAGAUGACAUAAAGCUAGAGUCGGAUCUCACAAUCCUCCUCUGGCAGUCUUCUACUGAUAAUAUGAUGCUGCUUGCCAUAGGCCACAUACAGCUGCCAGACACUAAGACUUAAGCUCCCGCUAAAUCCCCUGACGGUGCUUGUAAUGUGGCACACAGUUUUGAAGGAAAUGAUGACUGUGUUUAUAAAAGAUCUCACCAGUUAGCAAAGCUUUGAGUUUACAGGAUUGUAUGGAGGCUGGUGCACAGAAGCCAGCACAAUUAAACAUAUGAGUUGAGUUUAGUGCCCCAACAUGGUGGAGACCUAAAAUGACAUUUUGAUACUAACAUGGUCUAUGUCUGAAGGUAGUCGAUGUGUACUGGGCCUCGCAGCAAGAGGCUUUGUGAUGUAACAAGAUAAAGUAAGUGGGUGUGUUUGGAUUUUUGUUGUUUCUGCAUGUCAAUCACAUGUUUAUUUUCAUCAACCCUCACCACACUACCUUAUUGUAAUGUAUUUAACUCAAAAGUUGCACAGUGUGUAAGUUUGAUUACAAACGUCCUUUUAUCGAAGAAUGUUGAGCUUUUGUUUAAGCCAAUAUGCAAGACUUUCACACCUGGAUAUUUGGGGACAAUAAUGUAUGGCUUUAUUAUUAUUACUGUAAUUCUGGAAACAUCCAUUUUGAUAACAGUACAAUGCUGUUAAUGGUGACUAUAUGUAAAGUGGCAACACAAUCUCUUAUUCGAUUUGGUAAUGCAUUUCUUGAUCUUCACCUAUUCUCCAUGUACAGUUUCAAACAUUAACUUUUCAAACCAUCAAUCACAUAAUCAAAUUCCAGUUUUCUGCCGGAUAUAGUUUGAAAGGCACAAGCAAGAUUGUAUUUUCCUUUUCAAUAAACUCACUGUAAAUGAAAA